AUGUCAGUCGACACCCGGCAAUUUACACAAUCAAAGUCCGAUUUGGCGCCCCAAGAGCGUUUGUGGAUAUGGUGGCCGUCAAACGAAGAACUGCGAACCCACUACAUCCACAAUCUCGGGUUCAUAGCUUCCUUCUCCCAGCUGCUCGGUGCAACAAUCUUCUGGGUCGCGGGUCUGACAGCGCUACCGGGCAUUUACAAUCGCAUGUCGCAGACGCUUACCAUCAUUUUCUACUGGACUCCCCAAGUUCUUGGCGGUCUAGGUUUCGUCAUUUCCGGCGCCCUCUUCAUGAUCGAGACACAGUUCAAGUGGUGGAAACCGGCUCCCCGGACACUCGGUUGGUGGGUCGGCGCUUGGAAUCUCGUAGGAGGUGUAGGCUUCACUUUGUGUCCGGCUUUUGGGUACGAUACUAGGAGUUGGGCGCAAUAUCAGGCUUCUCUUAGCACCUUUUGGGGUAGCUGGGCUUUCAUGAUAGGGAGCACACUUCAAUGGUACGAGAGCCUAGAGAAGUACCCUGUGGCAGUUGACAGCACUACAUAG